UUUUAUUAAUAGACCAUCUAUUUAUGAUAUAAGAUAACAAUUCACUGUUUUAAUAUUUCACUUUAUAACUUUUACAACUACGGAUUCUAAUCAUCAAAUGAAAUAAAUCCUAGUAUGAAAGUUGUACUUUGAUAAUAAGUCACUCCCAUUACAUAUGUUUAUAUUACACAUAUAUCUCAGGACCCAAAAUUGAGACCACUCAAAAUAUAAUUUUAUUUUAUUUUCCAUUAUAUUUCCAACAUUACCUUUCUUUCUUGCUAGUUUUUCUUGGCUUGUUAUCCCUUCUUCUCCUCUAGAGCUCUUGAUUGUGAGUGUUAUCCUUAAGCUCUCUCUGUUCAUCUUGGUUUUGGGUGGUUUGAAUGGUUCAAGAGGGUGGUGGAAGGAUUACCUUUCAAUCACACAAAAUAAUUGUGUAGGAAAGUCAUGGAUAUGAGUUUGUUGUCUCCAUGAGACCUCCCACCAACUAGACACUUUCCAUGUUGUUCAUCUUGUCCCCUACCCAUUAUUUUGAGAGUUAUUUGACCGGUAGGAAGUGGGCAUAAGAAAUUCCUCCCAAUUAUUCCUACUAAUUUUCCGAAGAUUUGAGAACUUGCCUCCCACACUCUAAAUUUCUUCACUUUCCCGCCGCUGCUCACCAUUACUGUCAUUUCGCUCCCAAAAAAUUCAAACCCGUCUCGACCCUUCGACCUCUGAAUCUAGACAUACAUUCAUGUGUGUACAUGCCCGGGCUGCCAGACGACGGGUUUGCUAAUAAACACGGUUGCAUCUUUGCAUCGUGAAUAAAUCAUCUAGAUCUCCUCCCAAAUCUAGUCGAGUUGGUGAACUCGGUUUCUAGGGUUUGAUCUACGUUUGCGCAGCUCUCGUCUCUGUCGGAAAACAUAUACUUGGGCAUGAAAAAAAUGGCAGAUUCAUUUGGGAAGUUGGGCAUUUGAGUGGUUAGUGUAUUUAUUAGUAUUUUUAAUGGAGUGCAACAAGGAUGAAGCAAUCAAGGCCAGGGAGCUUGCGGAGAGUAAAAUGCAAAACAAUGAAUUUGAAGGUGCCCAUAAAAUUGCAAUGAAAGCCCAGCGUCUUUAUCCAGAACUAGAUAACAUUAACCAGUUGCUGGCCGUCUGUAGUGUUCAUUGCUCAGCCAGAACCAAUAUGUUAGGAUUGGACAAGGACUGGUAUGGAAUUCUCCAAGUUGAUAGAUUGGCAGAUGAAGUGACCAUCAAGAAGCAGUACCGAAAGCUUGCACUUGUCCUUCACCCUGACAAGAACAAAUUCCCUGGUGCAGAAGCUGCUUUUAAGCUGAUCGGAGAGGCAAAUCUUGUGCUCUCAGACAAGACAAAGAGAUCUAUUUAUGACAAUAAACAUAAAUUAUCAGUCAGAGGAGGUCCUUCUGUAAAACCGCGGCCACCUUAUCCAGUCAACCCCCCUGCCCCCAGGUCAAAUUUUGAGUCUAACGGUCUCAAUACUCAGUUCACCUUCUGUAAAAUCACCAGUCUAACAAUCUGUUGAUGAAAGCUCAUUUUGGACUAGCUGUCCUUUCUGUAGUGUGAGAUAUCAGUAUAGACGAGAGAUAGUGUGUAGAGCUCUUUGGUGCACGUCAAGCUAGUCAGCAGAAUUGCAAGCAAAAAGUGGUUCAAAAUCAAGGAUCUACAAAACCGACUGCAAAUCCAUCCGCAGUUCCUCAGUAUCCCCACCAACAAGCAGGGACACAGAGAGGGAACGCUUCUCAGGUGUUUAAGGAUUUGAGGAGUAAAGAGAAACUUAAGGUCAAUGAAAGUCCACAAGACUCAAGAGUUAAGAGCAAGAAAAGGGGCAGGAAACAAUGUGCAUCUGAAUCAAGUGAGAGUUGUUAUUCAACAAGUAAUGAUGAGUCAGAAGAUUUUGACAUUGAAGAAAAGGAGAGAAGUCAUUCUGGUGUGCAGAGAGUUGGUGUUAAGCGUGACAAUGUGAGGAGAUCAAUUCGGAGAAGGCAGGAUGUUUCAUACAAUGAAACUGAGGAUGAUGAUUUCCAUUCGAAGCAUUCCAAAUCUGUUCCAUACACAGAAGAUGUAGCGCCUCCUGAAAGCCUGCACAAAGGAAAUACUGAUGCAGAUGAUGCCACUGGCUCAACCUCAAAUGGUUCCAAAAAGUUUGAAGUUAUUAUCGAUUGCGAAUCAGAUUCAGAUCUCAAUAAUGUUGAUGAUUCGGUUCAGACAUAUACAUACCCUGAUCCAGAAUUCCAUGAUUUUGACAAGGACAAGGAAGAGAGUUGCUUCGCAGCUGACCAACUGUGGGCUCGUUAUGACACAGCUGAUGGAAUGCCGAGAUUCUAUGCUCACAUAAAAAAGAUAUAUUUCCCUGAAUUCGCCAUACAGUUCAAUUGGCUUGAGAUACAUCCUCAUGACAAGGUUGUUAAUGAUUGGGCUGAUGCCAAAUUACCAGUUGCAUGCGGAAAGUUCAAGCGUUGUAGAAAAUCUGAAAUUGUUUACCAUCGCAAACUUUUUUAAAGCGAAAAGCGGCCAAAAGC